GGUGACCAUACACAGUGUGCAACAAGGAUAAAAUUCAGAUUUUGAUACCAUACGUCUGUCACAUGUGAAUCAAACUUUGGCAUAAACCAAAAAUUUCCAGAUCAACAUAAAUGUCGAUCUUGGCAAAGACCCUUCUCCCUUUCAUCUUCUUGCUUGCAAUCUUGCACAAUUCAGAGGGACAGUUUGAGGACUAUUGUGUGGCAGACGAGCAAACGGUGGAGGAGCAGCUGGCGGCAGCCAUGGAUUGGGCUUGCCGGAAUGGCGCCGACUGCCGGCCAAUCCAGGCUGGCGCGGCGUGCCAUCUUCCCGACACGAUCAAGGAUCACGCCUCCUUCGCCUUCAACAGCUAUUACCAGAAGAUGAAGAGCCAUGGCGGCAGCUGCUACUUCAAUGCUGCAGCUGUUCUAACAGCUACUAAUCCAAGCCAUGACUCCUGCAAAUAUGAGUAUCUUCCUUAGCUUCAAAACUUGGGCUUGAACUUGGACUCGAAGGGCCUCUUCUUGUCUUCUAUACUGCAGUUUGAAUUUUUAUUUUUUUUGUAUUUUUGCAAUAUUGUUUACUUCAAACAAGUUUGUGUUUGUAUUGUAAUACAAAAGAAAAUGAUAUAUAUAUAUAUAAAAGUGAA